CCUCGAUUGCAUGCUUUCCUGACAUCCGCAUCAAUGUAGCCGUCUUAGCUGAACUCUUUCUGGCUAUUUCACGUUCAAGGUAAGGCCCCUGAGAAUUUACUGUACUAGAAAGUCGUAGAAACCUUGCCGGAAUGAAAUGAUGGCCAUGCUGACCGUAUAAUUGUAGUGAAUAUUCUGAACGCCAAACUCGAAAAUCUGUAGUUGUUUUCAUUCGUAUUAAUGGUUUGUGUUUCUUUCUGUCAUAAAAAUCGUUUCUCCAGUGAUAUUAAGUGGAUUUUUAGUGAAAACAGUUGAGAUUUUGAGCUAUGAGAUAGGUAACGCGUACUUUUUUUGCGAUGCUUGAAAACAUGCUUAACCUGAUGUUAACCUAAUUAAAAAAGAUAUCGUACGUUUAAAUAAUCGUGAUUUAGGUGCACGGACGCGAACCCAACAGCUUUCUGAAACGAAUCGCGGAGAACGCUGAAGGAAAUGGCUGAAGGCAAUCCACAUGGUCUUGAACCUUACACGAACAUGCAAUUUCGUAUGUAGCUCACAGAUUGAGCUAUUGCAUACCCAGUAAUUCUCCUACAGUCAGGGAAUACCCAUGUUCCUGAUCGCAUAAUUUACCAGUUUACUUGUCAUCCGAGCAAAAUAGGACAUUUGUGGGACUAAAGUAUAUGGAAUACAGACCAAGAGUAGAGACUAGUAGUGUGCUGUUCCAUUGCUUUACUAUGUUCUAACAAAAGCGUUUAUACUUGAAGAAUUACGGUGCUGUAAACGAUCUGGUAGAUGCUCCCUCUCAGAUAAAUGCCUCUUGUCCAAGAAAUGCUACCUAUGCUGGUAAGUUUGCAUUAGAUGCCCCUAUUGGAUGAAUGCCCUUUGUUUAAUAAACCUGGCUUAAAGAGGAUGAUGUCUCUCAAAAAUUUUGAUAUGUGCUACUUACCCUAUGUCUUUCUAUUUAUUUAAUUUGCAGCUGUAGCUUUAUCGAAAAGAUAUGAAUGAUGAAUCAAAAAAAGAGGUUGAGUGCCAAAGUAUGCCUUGUGCCAAUGUCACAAAAGGAACUUCCCUCAAAUGCAUUGAAACAAUAUGAAGAGUUUGUGAGGAAAAGAAAUAGCAGUGUGCUUAAUGUAAACAAAGCUAGAAAUUCUCUAUGGACUGUUCCACCAUCUCAAGGUCCUUUCCUUGGAAAGCAUUGUCAUGCUGACACUGCCAUCACCUCAGUUACAUCAAAUGACUACACAAAUGAACUUGGUAUGCUUGCCAAAGAUAUUCUAACUGAUGAUGGUACAGUUUCUGACUCUGUUAGCCAAAUAUCUCCUAUGGACUUUCCUUGUUUAUCAGAAGUGAGUCAUGGUAACACAGAAUCUGUUUAUUCAAAGUCUUUGGUGACUGGGAGAAGAAAUUCUGUGGCUUCAUCAUCCUCAAGUGAAUCAGCACAUACUUCUGCUGGUAAAAAACUUACUGCCUCACUACACCUCACACCUAUAAUGUGGGACAGAUCAGGAUCCACUGGAACUCCCAUUCAUCUUGAAUGUAGCGAAACAAUGUCAGAUAUGACUGAUGAUUCUCCAUCUUCUGAGUCAGAAAGGGUGAAUAACUAUUCACACUUUUCACGAAAUAAUUUGGUAAGUAUCAAUCAUGUAAUUAUCAUCUGAUUUUUCAAUGGACUGAAAUAUUUGGUUCUUUGGUGCUGCUUUGUUCUAGCUGUGCAAGCAUAGAGGCACCCCUUGAGCCCAUUUUUAUCCCUUUUUCUACAUUUGUUUAUCUUGGAUAAAAAUGAUGUACUUUGAAGCAAAAAAGUACAAAUGCAUAGUAAGGAAAUCACAUCCCUGGAAUUUUAUUAUUUGUGCCCUUUACACCUUAAUGUCAGUAGGCAUAUAUUGUCCAUACCAUUCUGUAUACAAUUCCUGUGUUACUGGAAAAGGAUUUUUUAACAAUCAAGAGCUUCAUAAGUUGAUGAUCAUUUCCUUUAUUCUCAUGACCUUAAUGUGGGUGAAACUUUAAGGAGAUAAGAUGUCAGUCAGUCUCAGGGAUUAAAAGGUUAAUAUUCAUUUUAUCUCUUUGUGUCUAUUUUACAUAAGAAACAAAGAGAUCCUUCACACGAGGAAAUGUCCAUGACAUCAGUUGUAUCUGGGCAAAGUGAUUCUAGAUGGCAUCUGGAUGAAAGUGUCUUUCCUUCAAGUGUUGUUUCAUCUAAUGACAAUGCUGUGUGCGGCUGUGAAAAUUUAUCCUUUGACCUCAGCAGUUAUUCUCCUCCAUCAAGUCCAGUGUCAGAUGGAAAUGAAUCAAUUAUUUUGAACAAUUUUCAUAAUGAAGUCGAGGUCCCAAAUGAAAGAUGUUUGUCAGGAAAAAGGCAAAAACCUAUGAACUCAAAUACUAGCCUUCUCUCUCCUGAAAUAAAGCUUGUGCCUCUUCAUGAGAAAGCUGUUGCUGCGAGUAAGAAAAAGUCAUCACUUUCCAAUGGAAUUGUGUUUAGGAGAGAGUCUCCAAAUCCACUUGGGAAUCUUGUUGUCAAGGUGGAGGACAUUAAGGAAAAAUUAAAACCAUAUGGUGGAGGAGGUUUUACUCUUUGUGAAAGAGGACGGUUCACAAAUUCUGGGCGUAGAGUUGUAAAUGACUACUCUGAAAAAUCCCUCGUUAAUGCUUCUGUCUCACGUACCAUUCUAGCCUCACCAAAAGUAAAGAAACGUAAAGCUAGAUGCACAGUUCAAAAUUCCUCAAUGAAGAAAGGGAAGAAAGCAAGGCUCCAGCUAAGAAACUGUGCUAAAUUGAAGAACAAAGCACACCUAAAGUAUGAAAACUUGAAGUUUUCUGAAAUCAAUACUGUGUCCAGAAUGUCAGUUAGGUACAAAGUUGCUUUUCAAAAGUGGGGAUUUGUGUUUUCAGGUGCUUUAGACCUUAUUAAUCAGAGACUGGCAAAUCAAAAUGCCUUCUGGGAUUCAUUGGGGUCUGAUGGAUAGCAGUUUCUAUGUUUGGGUCUCUGAUGAUGGAAUUGAGAGAAAUGACUUGUUUUUUCUAAAGCUGAUCUUAAAAGCCCACAGCUGGUGAGAAUUUUAUCAAUGUUAGUAGGAAUAUUUUUUUAUUGAAGUUUCAUAGGGAGAAUUCCUUUUUGUGGAGUGUUCAAGUCUGAAUGUGUCACACUACAUUGAUGACCAGCAGGAACAUACAUUUAGUUUGCAGCUGAACUUCAUUAUUAAACCAUAUGUAGGGGUUGUUGUGGAGAGAAUUGGUCUUUUUUUUUGGAAUAAUUUUGAUAUUUUCUUUAAUUUAUUGAGCAGGAGAUUGCUUUUAUAAUGGUCACUCAUGCAAAUUUAAAGAUACAUAUGUAAUAACUUAAUUUCGAUGAAAUUACACUAAAAGAACUUUUAAAAGGCUAUGUUUAAAUAAGCAUAUUAUUACAAAUCACUUCAAGACUAUAGCACAUGCAAAAAUUGCUUACAAUGAGAGCUAUUUAUUAUUGCUAUUAUUAUAAUUAUAUAAAUUAUUUUGUUACCUCAAAAAUUCAUUAUUUUGGUUUUCCAAUGAGAUUUCCAGUUGUAUAGUGUACAUAACUGCAAAGAAUAGUGUAGAUAUUAACCAUCCAUUAUAAAGAGCACAAAUUGGAUCUCUAUAGAAAUAAGGUAUUCUUGAUGCAUGCAUUGACUAAGAGUAGGUUGGCAUUCAGCUUAGAUACAGUUUAGUCAUUGAGAAGUGGCAUUUCAAUGAUCAAACAAAACUACAGAAAAUAUUUAUAGGCAAAAAUUAUAGUUAGUUCAUAGGUAAGAGGUUUGGGUCAUGGGGUUGAAGGUGAAAUUGGAAUGCAUCAUUGAGGUCAGAACAAAAUUUUAGGGCGCUUAAGUGACAUUGUUCUGCUUCCAUACUCCAAGCCCUCCAGAUUUUGCUUUUAAUUAGCUUCAAUUAAUUUUUUUGAGAGUAUAUAACAAGAUUUAGGAAGUCUCCUGGUGGCAAAUUUGUUAUUAGGGUAUGGAGACCACAAAUUCACCUUCUUGUUACAGAUAACUCUAAACUAAUCUCGAAUGAGCAAGUUGUUUAAGAGUCUUAAACGUUUACCAUUGUGGAAGGUUUUGGAAUGAUUUCAUGCAAAUUAUGUCAGGAGCCUUAUACCUUUUGAAUCGUUUCCAGAUAAGUUCAGUAAGUUUUGCCAAUAUUGAUAUAUUUUUUUAUAACUCAUUGGUAUCUUCGCUGAGAACUUCAAUGCAUCAGUUGUGCCACGUUUGCUCCAAAUUGGGUUGUUAUUGUAUGUCGUGUGUCUGGAUUUUGCAUACUGAAAAUUUUGACAAAUCAAAUAUUUUUUAUAUACUUCGGGUAUGUUAUAUGAAACAGACUGAAAGUGCUUAAUUUGUUCAGUUCCCAAACGAUUGUUGAAUGAACGAACUUCGUUUUAAAGAGUCAAAUAAAAAUAUUACCAC